AUGCCAUUGGGCAGAGUACGACCACAGGCCUUAGCUGUCGAUGCAGGAGAACACUCCCAGCUUCCACCACACCUCCUCGAUAUCUGGGAGCACGCAGCAUUGCUAUACCAUGGCUACGAAUGGCAGGCAGCAGCCGACAUGUUUAAUAUCUUGGCAUAUAAGGUCUGCGAUCCGCUAUCUGCUACCCACUGUCUGGUGAAUGCCGCCAUGAUUCAAGCCCGACUCGGAGACUUCGCCACCGCCCUGUCCACACUCAUCGCCGCAGAUGCAGCAGGAUAUGGCCUUCUGCUGACCACUUUCCUGGUCGGACUGGUCAGCUACGAGCUCGGGGAUCAUGUAAAAGCGGACGCCUGCUUCGAAAUCGCUUACGACGAGCUCCGGCUAGGUGCUAUUGACUACAACUACCUGGGCAUGAACUUCAACCUGGAUCAGGAGACGGUGCAUGCCAACCUACGCGCUGUUCGCGAGGCGCGAUUCCGAGCUCAAGUCACUAGAAGCAACAUUGCGACGAUGAACGCCGUGCCCGCGAACUGCAUUUUCGAAGCACCGCCGAGGCUUCGCGCAGCUGCUGCGGUUGAAAGAAAUUCGAGCUUGGGCUCACGGACUCGGAGAAUACCGCACGGACCGAUCAAGGGUUGCGUGAGAGCUCAUAGUCGGACAGACCGGCCCUCGUGGAGUGAAUGGUGCUGGGGUACACGAUCCCCUCAGCUGGCCAUGACACGAUCACCGUCGGCAAUCUUGCCAAGAUCCAUACCAUCAGUGCCUGCCAAAUCCGCGUCCGCAGCAAAAGCAUGCUCGGCGAUCACCACAGCUAACUCUAGGACCCCUCACCGCCGGAGAACAUGGCACAAGCGCCCUCAUACUCCGUAUGUUGCUCGAGAUGCUCGUGGAGCCCCCGAGUCAACCCGCGCAUCAGCCCGCUUCAUCCGGACAGCGGGACCAAAUGGACUGCAUAACAUGACUGCCCGAGACCCUAGGGGAGAGCACGAACAUACGGAGGAUCUAGCUGGAUUCCUGAGCACGUUAGCUCUGGCGAGAGGUUGUGCGGCCACGACGCCACUGGAGCUUGACGUGUUCUUGGUGGAGAACCUGAGGCGAGAGAAAGUCUUACAGAACGGACAUGAAGAGGUCAAGGCUACUGCACCUGGUAAGAAUAACAUCCGGAUACUGGAUCACCAACUCACGGAUGGUUCCUCAACAAGCAUUUCAUCAUCUCCUGACACCACGCCGACGUCGCCGGACGAAGCGUUAACGACUCUCCAACCGUCCGUCUACGUGCCUGAAGAAUCCAAGCUGAGAGUCAUGCUGAACAAACGACAACGAGGUUGCAACGUUCUCCUCCAACAGGCAGCCGCAACGUACCCUGGACGCAACAUCGAGGCUCGGGCUCAAAACAUGGCUCCAGACGAGGCAGCCCAAGAAAACGCCCACAGGCAGAGCGAGCUGGAACAUACGCUCAAGCUACUCGAAGGUAUCAUCAGGCCUAGAUCCGAGCGGAUGGGCAGGAUCAGGAAGUCGUCGUUGUACAAGCCGCUGCCUCCCACACCAUUGGUGGUCAACAAGAGUGAAGAGUCGCUGGAGGCGAAUUCGGCGUCUAAUACUUCGGUGGCGACGGAGGAGUUCUUUGACAAGGUGUUGGAGAAGGGGUGA